CUGCCAAAUCUGUUCUGGGAACAUCAUCGUCUGCGGUCGACUACAUCAUGGCGGACACCCUAGCAGCCAUGGAUGACUACUCAGAGAUAGCGAGCACGCCGACGAUGCUAUCUGAAUAUGAAGACAUCGCGUCAGCGUCAGAACUCGGAACCGCGAUCGAGACGAGUGUGUCGUCUUCUUCUAUCAAAACUCUGAGUCAAACUACCAUCGCGAACAAGAAGAGGUCUAUAUCUGAUGUGGUCACGGACGAGAAACCCGCGACCUCCCAAAAGCGGUCAAAACGGGAGGAGCAGAAAGCUCAUACCGCGGUAGUACAUGAAGCACGCGACUCGAUUGACUUGUCGAGGAAACGGUUCCUCCACCGCCUUCGCGACCUCUUCCUACCUCUGCUGCCACCGAACACUGGUGUAUUCGACACUAUCGAGAAGCAACUAGAGGAAGCGAGAGACAAUCACUCCUUUAUCCCAUUACACGAGCUCGAAGACCAACCCCGCCUUGUGCAAGGCCAAAUGAAGGAUUAUCAGCUUCACGGGCUGUCGUUCUUGGUUUGGAUGUACAGGAAUGGCAUGAAUUGCAUACUGGGUGACGAGAUGGGCCUAGGAAAAACAUUGCAGACGCUAUCGCUGUUUGCAUAUAUCAAGGAGAACACGAAAAGACAACAGGAGCCACAUCUCGUGAUCUGCCCGCUUUCCGUCCUUCCAUCAUGGCUCGCCGAGGCCGAGCGGUGGACUCCGGCCCUCAAGGUCCUCCGUUUCCACGGCCAAAAGAACGGGCGCAAUCGGCUGAAGGACGGCAUUCGCUCGAGUGAGCUCAAGUUCGACGUGAUGGUGACGACGUACGACUCGUACGUUGCAGAGAACAACUGGUUCAAGUCUCGUCGGUGGAUGUAUUGUGUCCUGGAUGAAGGACACAGGAUCAAGAAUGCAGAUACCAAUGUGUCCGGUAGACUACAGGGCAUUGGUGCCCUGUAUCGUCUCAUUCUGACCGGCACGCCGGUGCAAAAUAAUCUCUUCGAGCUGUGGAGCAUUCUGCACUGGCUCUACCCCACUGUCUUUACGCAGGCCUCGGAGCGCCUGUUCAAGCAAGCCUUCGAUCUCAGUGCUGGACAGUACUCCAUCCCGUUCCUCAAGGCAGCGGAGAAGUUGCUUGCAACUGUCAUGCUCCGCCGGACCAAGGCGACGGUCGAGAUCAACGUCCCGCCGCGCGAAGAGCUGACGAUCUUCUUGCCGAUGACGGAAGCGCAACGUUUCUGGACCUACAGACUGCUGACGCGGAUGGACACGUUGGACCUGAAAGAUAUCUUCGAUGGUAAACUCGAUGAUGAUCCGGAUAACGCGGGCAGGAGGGAGGUGCAGGAGCACCUCGUAGAGGAGAUCAUGCGCGGUGGCUCUACCCAGAAAGAUAAAUGGCGGAGACUGAUGAACUUGUUGAUGCAGCUGCGGAAAGUCUGUGACCACCCAUACCUUCUGCCAAACGCAGAGCCCGAGAACUACACCAUCGGCGAACACCUGAUCGCCUCGUCCUCGAAACUUGUCCUCCUCGACAAGCUAUUCGCGGACAUCCUCCCGAAGGGUGAGCGCGUUUUGCUCUUCACGCAGUGGACGGGUAUGCUCGACCUACUGGAGGACUUCCUGGCUUUGCGCGGGAUCCGGUAUGCUCGUCUCGAUGGCUCGACCACCCGUGCCCGUCGGACUCUCGACAUCAAACUAUUCCAGCAGGAUAACUCGCCAUACCAGGUCUUCCUCAUAUCAACGAAAGCGGGCGGGCUCGGGAUUAAUCUGACAAAGGCGACAACAGUCGUCCUUGUGGAUUCCGACUGGAACCCGCAGAACGACUUGCAAGCGAUCGCACGUGCCCACCGGAUCGGACAGACGAAGCGCGUACGCGUGUUGAGGUUGAUUUGUAGGGGGAGCGUCGAAGACCAGAUGCUUGACCGCAUCCGACGGAAGCUCUUCCUUUCAUUGAAGGUCAUGGGCACUGACAACCCGACCAAUGAUACCGAGACUCCACAGAUGAAGACGGGCGAGCUAUUGAGCAUCCUUCGCAAGGGGAGCAGCGCUCUGAAGGACAGCACUGGUGCGAUGAGUUUCUCGCAACUCCUUCACACGAACAUACAGACAAUCCUGGAGGCAUCGAGGGAGCGUGAUGACGCGCGGGCGGCGGUGUCGGAAGGAGCUCCCACAAGCGAGGUGGACGAGAAAGUAGUGCAGGAUGCAGAGGAAGAAGAGCGUAAGCUAUUGGCGGGUAUUGUCCGCGUUCAGAGCAGGCUCUUUGAGGGCAGAAUUGUGCAGCAGUCAAAACACCCGUCCAAUGCCGAUAUCGCCGCGGAGUGGCAGGACAUACAAAAGCGGGCUCACCACAAUCGCAUCGUCAAGGUUGAUGGGAUGGAGAUGAUCGCAGAACAUAUAGGCCCUGAGGUCCCAAUGUCCUCGGCUGCACCGCCCAAAGCCGUCGUGAAGCGGGGAAGAAAGAAGUUUGAAACCCAAGAUUGGUGUAUAUUUUGCCGCGACGGGGGCGAUCUCUUCGUUUGCAACUAUUGCCCACGAGUAUUCCACGCGGAAUGUCACGGUUACAGCAAGAGGCAGAUGGAGAGGCAGACCUUGGUCUCUUGUGCACAGCACACGUGCACGGACUGUCAACGAAGUACCGCGGACUCAGGCGGUAUGCUGUUCAGAUGCAGGACAUGCCCGCAAGCCUUCUGCGAGGACUGCCUCCCCCCGGGAGACAUCGAUGCCAUUGGAGACGAGCUGCCUGAGUUUCUUGUGCUGGGCUAUGGGGUGACAAGCACGGCAUACUAUAUCUACUGUGAUGCUUGCCGCCAACGGAAGGGGGAGGACCCGGAAUGGUGGGCUGCCUGGCAAGAGGAGUUUCAGGCAGCCGAAAAACAGCUCGCGAAAGCCUCUCGAUGACGUGGGUCAUAGUGUAUCAACGGAAGUCCGGCACAUCUUGUGUUUGCCUGUUCUGACGAGUCUAUCUAUGCUGUGCAGUCGUCGUGCUAUCUGAUUUGCAUUUGUUGUCGCCGUAGCUGCAUUGUAUCUCAUGCACUUGUAUACUAUCCUCCCUGAAGCUAAUUGUACGGCCUCUUUCGAAGCCAUGCUUGGUCUCUUCGCCGACUCUUCCAGCC